AUUAUAUUAUAUUAAUAUUGGCUGUAUAAAUUAUUUUCAUGUAUAUCUUCACAAAUAAAAAACAACCGAAUGUAUAUCCACUAUGAACAGGGUAAUACAGUAUUAAAGUAAAAAGAGCAGUGUAGCGUAGUGUUAGAAUACAAAAGAUCCAACUCUGUUGCUAUCGAGAGCAAAGAAACGUGGUCAAUAGUAAAGACAUUAAGUUGAAUUCAGCUAGAUAAUCUUGGUGUUUUUGACGACUUUGUUGUCUCUUAGCGCCUGCGUUAAGCAAGAAUGUUGUGGCAUUAAGAUACCUGCUAAUCGGGGGGUUUGUUGAAAAAUCUUAAAACUUAAUAUUCUAUUUUGGAGAAAGAAAAUUUAAAAGCAGCAGUCAACAGAUGAAGAAACCAAGGGAAUGGGUGGUCAGCAUGAGCUGUACAUUAUUUGUGCAAUUUUAAUAAUUUUAAUUGUGCUUGUAAGAGCGAUUAGAUUUGUUAAAAUUAACGCCGUUGGGGAGGGGACAGCUAAUAUAUGGAUUCGCUGGCUUACAGAUAAGCAAUAGAUCAUUACAGUCAGGAACGCGAAAGCUUCUAACACUUUUGAAAGAAGUUACUGAAACUCAAGACUUCAAAAUCAGCUGUCAUGCACCCCAACAGCCUACCGUUAAUCUGCAUCGGUGUUUUGCUCCUUGUCCUUACUUUACUCGGGGAGUCUGACUCAAAACCUUGGGCACAGAAUCUCAAUCCACUUAACGAAGCAACAUUUUUGGACUCUGUCAAGAUGUCCUGCACUUCACAGACAGAAAACCUGUGCCAAAGAUGUGCCAAGCAAACUAAAAGCGUCGUUGUCUACCCCUGGUGUUGCACGGAUCAUGAAGGAGCUCGGGAGUGGUGUGAAAAUUAUUUGCAUUAUGGUUUACCUUAAAGAAUCUCACUCCAGAAUCUUACAAUAUCGGAAAACCUGAGAGUGUUCUUGUCGAUGAUUCCUGAAGUAUCAUUGAGUUUCUGCGAAGCAUGUUAUUCUGGACUUGCCGUCUACUUUUCCAGCAACGCAAGCCAGUCAACUAGCCGUUGAAAGUAAGAAGCAAUGAUGUAGGGUAUGUGCCACGAUAAAGUGGGCCAGCGACUAGACGUUAAAUGAUUGUUGGACUUUAAUCGUCUAGAAGAUUGCACAUAACGUUGAGCACAUCUUGAGCAAGACUUGAUGCAAAUAAGUACAAUAAAUAAAUGUAUACCAUUUAUCGAUGAAAUAUGGAAACGAUGAAUCAAUUAGCUAAUGGUAACUAGAAGGAAAAUUAGAUUAUCGCAUUAAACUCACUCUAGUUUUUGUAACCCUUUUAUAAACGUGUCACGAUUUAAGUGGAACAGUGAUUCUAAAAGAGUAGUUAUUUUUCUGAAGUAUGCAUCUUACUCCCUUGGGAUUACAUUAUACUAACGAAUAGUAUGUGUUUACUUCUCCAUAAUUAAGAGCCAAGCUUUUAUUUGCCAUGUGGAUUGUGUGGGCGAGUGGAAGAUCGUGAUUGCUCCUUGAACUCUUGUAAUAUCACAACUAUAUAAAUGUUCAAAUAGCUGUCCACGAUACAAAUCCAAUUAAGAUCACUUUUUAUAAUUGGACAUUUUUCUUGGGAAAAACAGAUAAUUACAUACUACGUAUGUCACAGUUUCUGGGGGUGUAAGCGUGUCUUCUCCAAUUAAUUUAUAUUACACUUGAGUCAUGUACAAGGUUAUUGCAAUGCUCUCCCGAGUAACAUUAUUAAGUCUUUAUUUUUAUUUAUUUAUUAUCACAUCUAUUACGAUUCAUCGUACUAUUUUAUUUGCGUCUUAACCCUAUAAAAAUAAAUUAUUAUCUUUAACGUA